AUGGAAAAUCCAUUCCCUCUUUUACUUCUUUCAAUUCUAACGGUUUUGGCUAAACAAACAUUUGCUUCUUCUUUGGAAGAAGCUUCAACCAUUGUAUCAAGCUAUGGACAACCUAAAAUCAAACUGAACAAAAUAGACUAUUGUUGGAGAGCCAAACUACUAAUAUGGUCAGCAAAUCGUCGUGCCUUAGCUGAAUGUGCUGUAGGGUUCGGCAAGGAAGCUGUUGGAGGUACACAUGGUGCAACAUACAUUGUCGUAGACUCGUCAGAUGAUCCGAUCAAUCCGAAACCCGGUACACUUCGGUAUGGCGCAGUUCAAAAGGAACCACUAUGGAUAAUGUUUAACAAGGAUAUGGUUAUAAUAUUGAAAACUGAACUGAUGAUAAACAGUUUCAAAACUAUAGAUGGAAGAGGAGUUAACGUGGAAGUUGCUUAUGGACCUUGUAUUGUUAUGCACAAUGUAAACAACAUAAUAAUACAUGGGAUUCGUAUUCAUGAUUGUGUGCCAGGAAAACAAGAAAUUGUUCUCAGCUCACCGGGGCAUAUAGUCCAUCGAUUACGAGAUGGUGAUGGAGUUGAUAUAUUUAACUCCUCACAUAUUUGGAUUGAUCAUUGUUAUCUUGCAAGAUGUACAGAUGGUCUUAUUGAUGUCAUCCAUGGAUCCACUGCCAUUACAAUUUCAAACAACUACUUCACUCAGCAUGACAAGGUGAUGUUACUAGGCCACAACGAUCAUUUCAAGGGUGACAAGGUUAUGAAAGUUACAUUAGUCUUCAACCACUUUGGCCCUGGUUUAGUGCAGAGGAUGCCAAGAGUAAGAAGGGGGUAUGCUCAUGUUGCGAAUAAUAGGUACGAUGAGUGGUUGAUGUAUGCCAUUGGUGGGAGUGCGAAUCCUACAAUCUUAAGCGAAGGGAACUACUUUACUGCAUCCAACAAUUCCGGCAUCAAAGAGGUAACCAAGAGAGAGAGUGAUAGUGGGUGGAAACAGUGGAAAUGGAGGUCAUAUAAUGAUGAAUUCCAAAAUGGAGCUUUUUUUGUUGAAUCCGGUUGGGGAAAUUGUGCUCCUAACUACACUCAAUCUCAGACAUUCAAGGUUUAUAAAGGAUCAAUGGUGCCUACUCUAACAUCAUAUGCAGGUCCUCUGAGAUGUACAGCUGGAUACCGAUGUUAA